AUGGCCGAGAACAAGGCCAAGUAUCGGACGGAGAUCCAGCAGAUGAUGUUUGUGUCUGGAGAGACUGGCGAUCCUGCUGCCGAGACCACGAUGAUGAUUGAGAGCAUUGUCCAGCAGCAAGUUAUGGAAAUGCUCAAGCGUGCUACAGAUCUAGCCGCUCGACGGGGCGUUCGUACCAUCAGCACCGACGAUCUUAUCUUUCUCAUCAGGCAAGACAAAGCUAAAGUCUCUCGUCUUCGCACUUUUCUCUCGUGGAAGGACGUACGGAAAAGCGCGAAGGAUAGCGACGACAAAGGCGGAGGUGGUGGUGAUGCAGGCGGUGUCGAUGAUUUCGAUCUGGCGGCGAAUGAUCCGACUCUUGGAUCAGGCCCUGCUGUUGGUACCCGCAACAACAAGAACAAGAAAGCCAAGGUCGGACUGCCCUGGGAUGUCUCGAGCUUCUACAGUGAACAGGUUCCGGAGCGAGAAGACGAGGAGGACGAGGAAGAAGAAGAAAUGAACGCCGCGACUCUCCAACGCCUCAAACAAGCUGAUGAGCGCACCAAAGGCAUGAAUGCAGAGGAGUAUCUUCACUUUUCAGAAUGCCGGCAAGCUUCAUUCACAUUCCGGAAAGGCAAACGAUUUCGCGAAUGGGCAGGGUUCGGUGUUGUCACGGACAGCAAACCAAACGAUGACAUCGUGGACAUCUUGGGCUUUCUGACUUAUGAGAUUGUCACACUUUUGACCGAGGAAGCUCUUCAUGUCAAGGCCGCCGAAGAUGCUCUAAAGCGAGAAAGCGGCGGAGAUGAGGAGAAGCGUGGUCGCAAGCGCCGACGCGAACCUGGACUGUUCGAUCCACCAGAGGAAGCGAGGACUCCUGUCAGCGCGAAGCAUAUCCAGGAAGCCUAUCGGCGUCUUCAGAAACCAGAGCUAAAGAGCAGAUAUAUGAGCCACGUUCCGAAAGGUGCUUGGCAACGACCAUUGAAAUUGAUUUGA